AGGGGACGGAAGUGAGGAAUGGCGCGACUCCGGAGGGCGCGGAGCAGACCGGGAAGGGAGUCCGGCGCGGGCCUGUGAGGCACCCCGGGAAGGCCACGCCAUGGACCGGCGGAGAAGGCGCAACCGGAGGAGGUUCGUGGCCACCAUGAGCGCCAUCAUGGAGAAGUACAAUGUCCCCUUUGACGAUGAUAUGCUUGUCUCUAUCAAAUCAUUGACUUACUCUACACUUGAUGGGGAAAAGGUUUGGGGAGAAGAGUCAAGCUCUGAAAUUAUAGGUCGAUCUUGUAAGGUCACUGUUCAACGUCAAGAAAACAUAGAAACACAAAAGCAGCAGGCUUCUGACUUUCAAAACGAGGAGUGUGACGCCUAUAAGUCAUUUGAAACAGAGCUGUGUGGAGAGAGUCAACUUAAUACAGAUCACCAGAGCAAUGUUGAGCUGUCAUCCAUUAAAAGACACAUGGAAAGCAUAUCUAUCAAGAAGUGUAUUCUGCCCAUGUGCUCUUCUGGAUCACCUGUGAAGAAUAAAUGCAGAGUGGAAAUGGACUUGUUGUUGGAGGAAGGUAGCAGCUCUGCUCCGAAAGUGCUUACGGUUGUGAGAACAAAAACAAUGGAUUGUCACCAGCAGCCUCCUUUCCAAGAUUUAGAUGAUGUCUCCUUGAGUGGCCAUCCUGAUGUGGUCCUAAAGAAGGAAAUGCUGUCUUCAAAUGGACAUUCUACAUUGCUGUGUCAUCAGCAGUCUGACCCAGAUACCUCAAAUUUAAUCAAUAGGACCGUGGUCCCUAGAAAUCACUCCCUUUGGGGGAAUAACGAAAGUGGAUUCAGUAGCUUUUUGGAAAUGUAUGAGUCUGCAGAUGAACAUUGUUCUUGGAAUAACGUCACAAUAGCAGAUUUGUAUCCAAACAUGGUGAAGACACUUAGCAGACUGUGGCAUAAAGCCUCUUUUGGUUCAUUAAAUAGAUUGAACAAAUAUGGGUAUCGGCACCUGAAGAAAGGAAAGCUUAAUACUAGCAAAGAGAUAAUAAGGAACAUCAGACGAUUAAAGUUGAAAUCUAGCUUCACAAUAACAGAUGAAGAACAGAAGAAACAUCAACUGCCUAUGAGAAAUAUGAGAAGUAACAGUCCUUUUGAUGAUUGUGAGCAUCAAACCGAGUUUUCAGAGCACGAUGUGACUAGAGUGGUGUCUUCAUGCUGUGAUACAAAUAGCAUGGAAAUAAACUCUUCUGGCUUCGUGGAAGAGCAUACGUAUGCUGAAGAUGUGGGACAAAAUGGCACAGAAACUCCCAUUUCUCCUAGAACUAUUUCUCCAGAUGAAACAUUUCUGGUCAGAAGACCAAAAUGCACACCAUUAUCUUCAGACUCUGUAGAAUUGAGUCAUUCUCUUGAGGUGUCUUCUUGUGCAGUUGACAGUGCAGAUUCGGGAGGGGUAUUUAAUCUAACAAUUGAAGAUAAACCUGUGGAAAUUAACACAAGCGCAUUCAAGAGUGCCUCAUAUUUAAGCUUGUCCUUUAAUGAUACUACCAAUUCCAAUUUGCAAAACAACAGCCCUUCUCCAGUAAAAACUUCAAGUACAUUACUGGGGAAGCAUGAAAAUAAAAGACUCAAUAAAGCCAUUUCAUUACAGCGGAGUUAUUCACUAUCAUCGCUUCCUGUUAGCCGAAGUCCCAGGAAAGCGCAUCAGAAAUGUGAAGAUGCAUUUGAAAAAAUGUAUGAGGAACUGUGUUCUCCAAUAUUACACAAGUCGCUUACGUUUUCAAAUAUGCGUGCAAGUCCACAGAAGUCUGCAAAAUUACGCACAUCUAGUUUUAAUGGUGUGUCUUCAGAACCCCAUCAGAAAUGUAACAAUACAUUUGAUAGCAUAUACCAACAAUUGUGUUCUGGAGAGUUUCCCAAAAGUCCGACAUUUCUGAGAGCAGAAAACCUAAAAAGAAAGUAUGAAGGAUUACGUAUGUCUGAAACUGUAAAUGCUCUCAUUAAUUCCCCAGUAAGAACUUUGUCAGUAGUUUCCAGAAUUAAAAGAGCAGCAAACUUCUUCAGUGAGGACUCGAAGUAUUCACCCGUAAAAAGAUUUAAAAACAUAUCUGAUAACCCUUACGUGAUUUGUCAGAAACUGCCUUCCUGGAAAAAUAAUCUUCAAAAAACUGACAUGACUUUCACAGUGUAUACUCCUAAUAUGAACUGUUGGACUUCACACAUGGAUCCUGGAUUCCCUGUGUCUUCGAAUCACAAGUUUCUGACUUCUCCAAGCACAAAUAGGACAGAAUCCAGGAUAGCAGAUGUAAAUGAGAAUAUUUCCAGCUGUUUACCAAGUUGUGUCUUUCUUGGAGGACCACAAAACUGUACAGUAAAGGUUUCCAGUUGCUUGAACUACAACGAUAAGCAAAUGAGAAGUGAAAAUACCCAAGAACUUUUAUGUAAAGAUUAUGAAGUAUCACCUCUGCAAAGAUAUGCAAGGGAACCUCAUAAUUUUUAAGCAAAAGCAUAACUUAAUUGUAUCCAUAGUGCCUUUUCAUGCAAUAAAGGAACAUUGUCCCAAAUGGGUUUUUCAUGAUUUGAAGCAGAAAUCACUCCCCUUAAUCUUGUAACCCAGAAGCUCUGUUUACAGAGGAUGCAAGAAGAGCAUAUGUUAAAAGCAUGCAGAGGCUACAGAAGGAAGAGGGGACUCUGAGUACUGUGUUUCAUGAGGACUGAAUCCAAUCCUUUAUAUUUAUGCUUUGCCAUUCAAGAAAAGAACAACCUCUCAGCACUUAACUACAGACCACAUCUAUAGCAUUGGGAUAAUCCUAUUUUUUUGCUUCAAGAGCCCAUGAGCCAUUUGGCUUUUUAAGAGAAAGCGAUAUUCCUCCUGAAAGCUUAUCAAACUUAAGUAUUCUUUAUUAGGAACAGAUCUUUUUGUACAUAGUUUGUACAUAGCUUUAGCUAUUUUGCUUGGCAAAUCAAGAUGUACUCUUAAUCUAUAAUGUUCUAUAACAGGCUAUUCAAAUGAGUAUAAUUAUUUUGGUGAGCACCAGUUUUAGAAGAUCCAGAGCAUUAUUUUACUGCUGAAAGUACUAGAUUUGGAAAGAAAAAUUGUAUAUUUCAAAUCUGAUUUUUAUCAUGUUGAGGUGCACAUUUAGGUACUUGACAGUUGUAUAUCUUUAUUGCCUAAUAAAUCUUUAUAUAUGGUUACAUUA